AUGUUGUACUGCUUUUCAAAUUUCCCAUGCUCGAGUAUUCCUGAAAAGCUGGAGAAGCGGCCGCAGCCGCAGCUGCCUCGGAGCUCUGAGGAGCUGGAGGAUCUGCACAAGCUGCUGCACUUCCCCGAGGAGGUGGCGCUCAGGUUGACGGAAGUCGAAUACCAACUAUUUUAUCAGGUACCACCUAACGAGUACCUAAAGCAAGUGUCCCAGGAUCAAAACGCAUUGCAAAAAUCAGCCGCGAGGCCACCCCCGUCGCCGAGUCGCAGUUGCAGCAGCCCAAGCAGAGCAAAUAGCUCGACCCAGACCGAGGAAGAAUCCUCUUGGCCCGGUCCUACAGUUUUUGCUUCCGUUCAGACGCUCAUCAAUCGAUUCAAUGAGGUGAGCUCAUGGGUAACCCACGUUAUAACCAGCGGUGCCACUGUAGAAGAACGUCAGGCAGUGUUAUCUUGCCUACUACGAGUAGCUCUAACUUGUUGGAAUACUGGAAACUUUAAUUCGGCUAUGGAGAUUAUAGCUGGUCUUAAAUCAAACAAGCUGAAGCCAUUUUACCCGAGCGUAAGUGAGUCAAUUCCUGUUCUGGAAUAUCUUGCCUCCGCCCUUUUGUCUUCCGAGUACGAGCAUGCGUUAGCUCGUGCUCUCGCAAUGCCAGAAUGUCCAGUGGUACCAUUUUUUGGUGCCUUUUUGCGGGAAUUAAGAGAAGUCAACGCUAACGAAUACAAGAGCGAUAUCGAGAAAAAGAACAGCCGCGAGAGCACGAAAGAUAAAACAAAAGAGAUUGGGCCGAUUGAAAAUGUAAGUUCUUCUGGUGCUGGUGCAUCGGUUGGUCCACGGAUAGACGUCGAGAGUAAUACCGAAGCUCCUUCAGGAUGGAGCUCAUUAAAAAAGACAAACGAGAGGUACGAUACGAACGCCGUCCUGGAAAAGGUUGCACUAUUCCACAAUCAUCGGCACGCUCGAGGAAGGGAUGCAACCACCGGCUCCCUUCACCGCACCCUCAGUCUACACACCACAGCGAUCGAGCAGACCUACAUGGCCGAGGAAUGCGAUGAGAAUGAUUAUCAUCUUGAUCUUAAUUCUUAUAAGCCGGUCCAACCGAUCCCCAUAGAUCAUGGGGUUGCCCUUUUCCCAGUUGCCGCGCCACGCACAGGAAUGGAUCUUCAUAUCUUACAGAUAUUACACCAUGGUACAACGUUGGUACAUUGGGAUUGUGAAAGCGGCACUUCGAGAACGGCCUUGGUAUUCGCACGAGUUGAUCGAGCGUGCGGUACCUUCGUCUGGGAAAAACCACCGUGGAGUUCAUUGAAAACGGGCCAAUUCGGAACCAACACCGCCGCCUACACCGAAUUCUCAAUCACUAGCAAUCCCGAGAAUAAUAUGCCAGCUGGUUUAGUAAGCAGAUACGCGGCACUACAAAAUGAUUGUGCAUCGGUCACUUUAGAGGAAGGAUACCUCGAUUUGGCCUCCGUUAAAGAAAUCAUGAUUGGUUGUUGCGACCGAGACAGGGAGGCCGACCUUAGGAGCAUAUGCAAAAGGUAUGGCCUACCUGGGUCAGAUUCUUGUAUCGGCCUCAUGUAUGGUUCCAAUCUGCCUGACAAUCGAUUGCUCUUUCUACUUUGUCCCCCGGCUCUUGGCAAGAUAUGGUAUAUGGGAUUGUGUUGGAUAUUACGAGGCCUGAAGCGACAGCGACAAUUAACGGAUCGAAGAUCUCGUUGGCUUAAAGAAAAAUAUCUACAAUUGUAUUUCGAGGAAGGUUGCCUCGAGCCUAUGACCGCUGAUGCGAUAAGAGUUUUUGGUGGCCGUGAUUGGUCAUUAACCGAAAGUGUUGGAACCCUUUCGCCAACUAGUAGUGCUAAUAUUCGCAAAAGAAACGUCAAGGGAAAAAAGACCAAAUCUAUCGGCAAUAUUCAUGCUCUGACAAAGACGUUUCAGGAGAUCAGCUUUAAACAAUACGACUCCUCGUCUUCGGAUGGCGGUUUAUCUGGCGGUUUAUCUAGCGGUUUAUCUAGCGGUUUAUCUGGCACACCUUUUCGUCAUAUAACUGGUAGCAGGGAAUCCUUAACAAGAAUAAUUCCAGCGUCGCCAAGAGCCAGCAGAGAUCGAAUUACAUCGCGCAGUCCACCUGGCUCAGCCGAAAGAAUAGUAACUUCCAACUUGCCUUAUUCCAGUUUACAAAGCUUGCUUUGCGUUCCUAGAGACAAGGACAGAAAUGGUGGAGGAAUGCCAGGUGGAUCGGAAACUUCUUUGCAGGUGAAAACACGUGCCACUUCCAUUAUGUAUGAGACACAGUUGAACUUUGUCGAGUUCGUGGCACUUUUCCGAUCGUUCAGCCUUCGAGCUAGAAAGGACCUACGUGAUCUCUUUGGGCAGCUUGCGAUCACGUGCCGAAGUCAAAGUGAUGGUUCGCUUCGAGAUUUUAGUACACGUCCAGCAGUAUUAAGACAAACCAGCGAUGCCACCCCACAAAGAAUCGGACUUUUAACCAGAAACAAUUCCAUCGAUUGUCACGAAUACAAAACCACUGGUAACCUUCAUAAGAAACAAAUUUUUGACGCCGUUGCAGCAGCGAGUAUAAUGAACAAUUGUUCUGGCGUCGACACGUCCAAGUCUCAAGUAAUCACUCUUGCCACAUUCACAAAGUUCCUCGAAUCUCGACAACAAGAAAAGCUUACCGACGACGAGAUCAAAGCCCUCGUCAAGAGGCAUGAACCAGAUCCAGUAUUACGCACACAAUGGUGUUUGUCUUUCGAGGGUUUUGCACGAUACAUGAUGGACAAGGACAAUUACGCUUUUCCAAACGAAUACGCGACACCCUUGGAAAACGAAAUGCAGCAGCCCUUAUCGCAAUAUUACAUUGCAAGCUCCCACAACACUUAUCUGACUGGCCAUCAGCUUAAGGGCGAAUCAUCCGUCCAACUUUAUUCACAGGUCCUUUUGACCGGAUGUCGAUGCGUUGAAUUAGACUGCUGGGAUGGGGACGAUGGAUCACCUCUCAUUUAUCACGGCCACACCUUUACCACAAAGAUCCCAUUUCGAUUGGUAGUAGAAGCGAUUGACAGGAGUGCAUUCGUCAGUUCACCCUAUCCGGUUAUACUCUCCAUAGAAAAUCACUGCUCCCAAAGUCAACAAGCACGAAUGGCACAGAUCUUUCAGUUGGUCUUUGGGGAGAAACUUGUAACGAAGUUUUUAUUUGAAACGGAUUUCGGUGACGAUCCUCAACUACCCUCACCAUCUCAAUUGCGACAUAGGAUAUUAAUAAAAAAUAAGAAAUUAGUAGUGGAUCCAACUGGUCCGUUAUCUCACGCAUCGACAUCUUAUCGUAGCAAAAUGUUGAUAUCCGAUCGAGCAUCAUCCAUGAAACAAAUGCGAACGGACGUUAGUAGCCCGUCCGUGGUCGAAUAUUACAGCGAAGAUGAGGAUGAUGAGGAAGACGAUGACGAGGACGAUAAUAUCGAUGACAAUUCGAUAUCGAGCUACGAAAGAUAUUUGGGUAACCAGCCACAACUUCGUCUAAAAUCGGAUCAGACCGCCGACGAUAAAGUUCAACCAAAGCAAAGUAGUCAAAUCGCUAAGGAAUUGUCAGAUUUAGUUGUUUAUUUGCAAGCUAUUAAAUUUCGUGGCUUAAACACAACUCCGGGAACGGGUACAUCUGGAAAAAUUCGUCAUCAGGCUCAUACUGGGCCUGUUCAAAGACACAGCAUUGCUGGAAUCGGUAGCAGUGGGGUAGCUUCUUCUUCGGGAUCACCGCAAUCUCUUUCAACGUCUGCUUCAAUUGCAAGUGGUGGCAGUAACAUCGAUAAUCUUUUCAUCAGGACGACCCGUGGCGUACCAGCAUGCUUCCAAUGCUCGUCUUUGAACGAAAGCGCAGCCAAAAAAAUUUGUAGGAAGCAGCCAUUGGGUGUGGUAGCUCAUACAGAAACACAAUUAGUUCGAACGUAUCCAGCGGGAAUGCGUAUCGAUUCAACCAAUUUUAAUCCUGUGAUCUUUUGGGCAUUUGGUAUUCAAAUGGUAGCGUUGAAUUAUCAAACCGACGAUGCGGGAUUAAAUUUGAAUGCUGCCAUGUUCGAACAGAACGGACAAUGUGGAUACGUGAGGAAACCUUCGGUGAUGUGGGACAAGACUCAUAUGAUGUAUAGGCGAUUCAAUCCAUGGGACAAAGAAUUUGAUGGUCUACACUCAGCCCAUUUGGCUUUAUCGAUAGUGUCUGGGCAAUACGUUUCAGCAACAAACUUCUUGGCCAGUACGUACGUUGAAAUCGAGUUGGUGGGCAUACCGAUCGAUUGUGCAAAACAUAAAACCAAAGUCAUACAAAACAAUGCCCUAAAUCCAAUAUGGAAUGAAAAGUUCUGCUUCCAAGUGAUGUUUAAAGAUCUAGCCUUUUUAAGAUUAGGUAUAGUCGAAGCAAGUUCUCAUCAUUUGAUUGCUCAACGCGUGAUACCUUUAAAAUGCCUACGACCAGGUUACAGACACGUACGAUUGCGUUCGUGUAAAAAUAAACCAUUAGCUUUAUCCACGUUAUUCAUCUAUUCCCGCUUGGAAGAGGAAAGUCUCGAUUACAAUACUUGUUGUCGCGAUCACAAGGAAACGACAUCGAAACGACCGUCGUCGAGUAAAGAACCGGAUAAAUUGACUACCGUAGAUCCAGCAGGACUCGGUGGGGUAACAUUAAAAAGAAGAAUGUUUUUCCUAAUGGUUUAUCACGUAAUACCGGAAGAACCUUAUACCAUUUUAAAAGUAACCCAAGAAAGUACUACCCAAGAAGUGAUGUUACAAGCAUUGCAAAAAGCAGGAAUAUCACCGGAACACGUUGACGAAUAUAUUCUCGUAGAGGAAGUCUCCCGUGGUUGGGAAAAACGUGAUCGAGAAGAAUUACCUACUCAACGAAUUCUCGAUCCUACCGAGCACCCUCUUCAAGCUCAAGCAUUGUGGAAAGGACAAGGUAGAUUUCUGUUAAAACGUGUCGGGGAUGAUCCAAGUAGCAGAGCAUGGCUUUUAUCGAUUCGAAGUACGGCCGGACAUUCGAAAUUGGAUACCAAUUCGCGGGAUCAUUCAACACAUAUAUGGGACGAGGAAGACACUUUUUUAGUUUGCAUUAACGAAGUUUCACCGGAAAUUCCUUACGCUAUUUUACGAGUACCAGUGAGUAGUUCCGCACAAGACGUUCUAGCUCAGGCUUUGGUAAAGGCAAGGCGAAUGGAAGAUCCUAUGAAAUUUGUAUUGGUCGAGGAAUUGGAAUGGGGUGGAGCUGGUGCUGUUGGUAGCGGUAGUCGUCAGCAAAGAGUCCUCAGGGACGACGAAAAUGUUUAUAGCACUCAAGCUUUUUGGAAGACCUUAGGUAGAUUUAGUUUAAGAGAAAGAGAACAAAUCGCACCUAGGCGACAUUUAAUACCGACAACGUUAGACAGGCUGAGCAAGGGUUUCUCCGUUGGUAGAUCCGUAUCGUUACCUGGAUCGAGCAAGGAAAAAGUUCCAGUAAGCGAAGCCCUAUCUGAUCCAACCUCAAGAGGUUUGAGACAUCGUUUAUUGAUGUCAGGCCGUAGACGCGAAGUUCAUUCCGACGGUGAGGAUACUCGCGAAUCUGAUAUACUUAACGCGGCACUUCAUUUAAAGAAAGUAUCAUUGAGGAAAUUAAGAGUUUGGAAAUCAUAGUGGCAGUCGCGAGCGACGUCGAUAACUUCGAUCUUCGCCGCUCGAAGAAAUCAGCUUUAAAAAAUACCCAUCACCGACCCCCAUUAACAACCCCCAUCAACAACCCCCUAUUAAUAAUUCAUUGGAAAUACUAGCCUAACGCCUCAAAGGUAUCAAUUAGGUUCGAAUGAAAAUAAAUCAAGACAUUUCAAUUGUAUACGAAUUCGACGAGAGUACGAGGACAAAGGCCAAUCUCAUUCAAAUAUUUUAUUCUUUAGAGACGAGUCAUAUUAUAUUAUUAAUAUUAUAUAUGAUACGAGGAACAAUGGAUUAUCUCUACACAAUUGCGAGCCUUUUAUUAAAAUAACGAUAUCAUUAUGAAAAUUAUAUUUCAUUUAUUUCAAUGAAAAUCCACGAUUAUAUAUUAUUAUAGAAUACUUUUAGUGCUACUCGUAUUCAUUAAUAAGCUCGAUAAUAAUUAUUAUUAUAAAUAUUAUUGAAAGAGAACUAAUUGAAUCAUAUCUCAAAUUUUAAUGAACAAAUCAGAAAAUUCUAGUUCGAGAAACAUAAAUCGAUCUAUAUCUGUGUUGGACCAUUAUCACGUUGCGAUAGAGUGAUACUCGAGCAUACAAAUUUAGGUAUACGUAUAUAAUUACGACAUUUCGUGUCGGCAAAGAACAACAAAAAUGAUCAAAAGAAAGCCAAAAUCCAUGGGGCUUUCUUUAUAACACGUCAGUAUUAUUUCUUAGUACAAUUUUACACACACACACACACACAUUCUCUUUCUAUCUCUCUCUCUCUCUCUCUUUCUCUCUUUUAUUCUCUUGUUCUGUCUGUCAUUAGAAAGAAAAAAAAAACAAAAUGAAAAUGAUUAUCUACGAAAAAAAAUAAUCUUUUAUUUCUUACACAUGUAAAAAGAAAGGCCAUGAACUCAUUAUCAUAUUUAAUAUUAUUACUCGAAGAUAUCAAACUUCUAUAUACAUAUAUACAUACAUAUAUAUAUAGAUGCAUAAUAUAUAAAUCGCUAAAAUUUGCAAAAUUGAUUGAUGUUUACUUUCUUACACACAACACACACAGAGACAUAUGCAUACACACAUAGAAAUAUACAUAUACACUAACGUCUCUUCCUUUUUAUCUGUUCUUUGGAGGAAACUUUAUUAUUAGAUUGUAUAUAUUUCAAGAAUAAGAGAAGUGUGGAUUUGUUUUAUUUACCAUGCUUUUAUGCAUUCGAAUAAACACAUUGCAAGAUAAAUAGAAUGUAUGCGCCAAGAAUUUUCAAGUGCAUAUAAUUGAACGAAGAAGAAGAAGAAGAAUGAGAAGGUUCGUUCAAUACCGAGAUAGCCUAAUUUUUGUUAAUUAAAUAACACAAGAUAACUACAGAAUGACAGACAGUAGCAUGAUGAAAUAUAUUGAUUAGACGAACGAUAUCUAUUCUGCCAACGAUGCCACAAGAAUCUCGUUCCGUCUUCCAAUGCAUCCUAAAUAAUAUUGUAUAUCCAUUUUCUAAAAACUACCGACGCGCUAACUUUUCCUACGAAAAAUUGUAAAUCAAUCUGAAUCCGACAAAUAUAUAUUAUAAUAAUAAUAAUAAUAAUCAUGUUUCUUAAAUGCAAAAAAUGUAAAAAAAAAGGAAAAAAAAUUUCGUCUCUUCCGACGUCUCGUGACAUCGUUGUGCAUGCACACAUAUAACAAAUAUAUAUGUGUAUAUAUGAUUACUCUAUACAAAACAUGAAAGAAGAAUAAUUACAAAUUAGUUAUUAUCAGAAUGAGAGAAAAUAAACGUUUAUGUAAAUAGGCGCAAACGAAUAAUGGCUACUAAUAACGAUAAUUAAACGUUAUGUGUAUUUUAAUUAAAUCUCGACACUCCCACCCCCCCCUGAGAACAUUCGCAAAGAAACCCCAAAAUAAAAUAAAAUAAAUAAUUAAAAGAACAGCAUCGUCAACGAUUAAAAGGAGGAGGAGGAGGAGGAGGAGGAGGAGGAGGAGGAGGCCGACGGUCGUCGAAAAACUUCGAAGACAAAAAUAUCAAUAAAAUUGUUAGAGUAAAAAAACGCAUUUGCGUUUUUAACUUAAUGUCGCUGAUAAUCCCGAGAAAGAAUAAAGUUAAACAAUUUGAUGCACACACAGAGUUAAGAAGAUUUAAAAUAAAAUAAAAUAAAAGAAAAAAAAAAAAAA